CCCAUACUGUCUGAGUAUCCUCCCACUUCUAGUAGCGAGCGAGAGGGGGGAAGAGCAAUAGGAUCUUGAACUCCUGUCAGAUCACUGUUUUUGCAAGCAGUAGCCCUGUCUAGUCAUAUGCAUGCUGUUGUGCGCUACUCUGGGGUAAUUGGUAAAACCAGAAGACUGAUAUUGUGAAGUUUAGGAAGCAUGCGUGUACGGAUUCUGUAUGACAUUAGAAGCAACAGAGAAGAGAGGUCCGUCACCGAGAGUUGCAGUGAAGAAGGGCAGUGAGAGGGGAUGAUGUGCAGCUCUCUGAGUCCCAAGCACCUGGCGGGCCCAGGGCUGACAGACAUGCAGCAGUACAGCCAAUGGCUGGCCAGCCGCCACGAGGCCAGCCUGCUGCCCAUGAAGGAGGACCUGGCACUGUGGCUCACCAGCAUGCUGGGUCAAGAGAUCACAGCGGAGAGCUUCAUGGAUCGUCUGGACAAUGGCUUCCUGCUCUGCCAGCUGGCUGAGACCUUGCAGGAGAAAUUCCGACAGAAUGGUGGCGAGAUGGCCAAGGCCGUGCCCAGCCGCAAGAUCCCCUGCCGCCCCAGCGCCCCCUCCGGCUCCUUCUUCGCCAGGGACAACACGGCCAACUUCCUGGCCUGGUGUCGGGAGGUGGGGGUGGGGGAGACAUGCCUGUUUGAGUCUGAUGGACUGGUUCUCCACAAGCAGCCUCGGGAGGUGUGUCUCUGUCUGCUGGAGCUGGGCAGAAUCGCCCUGAGGUAUAAAGUGGAGCCCCCUGGUUUGAUUAAACUGGAGAAGGAGAUUGAGCAGGAGGAGACUGCGCCCCUCCCGCCCCCCUCCCCGCUGUCGCCCUUGCUCUCCCCCGGCAUCUCACCCUCGCCCACACACUCCCCCUCCGCCACCAAGACCUCCGCCAGCAAGAAGAGCACGGGCAAGCUGCUGGAUGAUGCCGUCAAACACAUCUCUGAGGACCCGCCAUGCAAGUGCCCUAAUAAGUUUUGCGUGGAGCGCCAUUCACAAGGCCGCUACCGAGUGGGAGAGAAGAUGCUCUUCAUCAGGAUGCUGCAUAAUAAGCACGUGAUGGUGCGCGUGGGGGGAGGCUGGGAGACGUUCGAGAGCUACCUGCUGAAGCACGACCCGUGCCGCAUGCUCCAGAUCUCCCGCGUGGAGGGCAAGACCUCCCCCGUCUCCAACAAGCCCCCCAACAUCAAGGACCUGAGCCCCGACAGCUACCUGGUGGUGGCGGCUCACUACCGCAGCAAGAAGUAGCGCUCCCCACUCGCUCACUCCACCUCCCCUGGCCAGAGAGGGGCUCCUUGCACAGGGAGAUCUGCUUUUUUUUAAUCUGACACCAUCAUCAUUGGUCUGACAUCAACUCCAUUUACCGAAACUUGUUUCAUGCAAGCUUGUGUAACAGAUUUCAACAUGUACUGACUGACCAUGUUACACUUGCUGUUGCUCCAACACACCCACAACACCCCCACCGGUCAGGGCUUCUAAUACGCUCUUUACACAGGGCCCCCCCACUCAUGCUGGGGUCCUUCACACCUUGCUUCCUACAGUGGGUACAGUCUCAAUGUCAACCACAGCAUAAACCCAGAGCUGAGCGUACAUGUGGUGGGACUGAGGGGCCGAGUCUUUGGGCUGAUUAUGGUUCACAACUGGCUCCAUCACCAGAGAGCUGCUGGAGGGUCAUGAUGCUGGUGGUUGGCCCAUGAGAGGGGCUGUCAAGAGAAGCCUUUCACCCUGAGACUCCUGUGACGGAAAGUGCUGGUACAUUCUUCUGAAUCGUUCCAGCUACAAAGAGUGUCUGCAAAGAUCUAUAGCCAGGUUUGCAUGUGCAUUGUGGGUGUGUGUGUGUGUGUGUGUGUGUGUGUGUGUGUGAGAGCAUGUGUGUGUGUGUGUGUGUGGGUGAGAGUGAGUAAAGGGCUCUGAUGUGAUGUGUGUGUGCUGGUGAUGCCGGCGGUGUCGUUGGCACAGAGAGACAUGUCGAGCUGCCGACGCCCGUCUCCACGGUGAAGUUACAGUACGCUCUGCACAGCCACAGACACCACAGCUGACUCCACAGGCCGCUGUGCUGAGAUACAGACUGCGGGAGUGUGGAAGAGAGAGCCAUGCUGCUCAGAGCAGUGUACAUUACCGUAAGCUUUACAACAUGAGCAUACAUCAUCAUGUGCACUUCAAGAGCACUCUUAAAACACAGGCCAGAAUAGGCAGGAAGUCAUUUAUGAUACUCACUUAGCAUUGUAGUCCAAGCAGAGAAAAUGUACAGUACACGCAGUUGGCUUCAGUGUAAGUGGUGGAGCAUCUUAGAAAUUGAAACAUGUUCUUUUGGUUCCUGGGAUAGAACCAAAAACAUUUGAAUGAUUGAGUUCUGCGUUCAACACACCACUGUGUGCACAUUAUACAGGUGCAGUUGUAUGUAUAUACAUAUAUAUAAAAAAAGAGUUACGUGAGUGCCUUACACUAGCAGGUCUCGGUACCUGUAAGUGCCAUUAGCCCAAAGCAUCUGUUUGCUCUCUGUAAGGUGCCAGAGUAUAAAAUGGUUUAGCAGGCAAGCCACUGUGUCCUGGUUGGCACAGCCAUGGCAGGUUCCAGGAAGGGCUUGAAUGACCGAUGACCUUUGACCUGAGAGUAAUGAUUGGAGGAGAGCACAUGUUGUUUGGCUCCUGAAGCAGCGGAGGUUUAAUACCCUGCAUGAGAUGAUGACAUAGGGACAGUUAUGCUAAAUUAAUUAUGCAAAAUGUUUUGUGUAUGUUUCUUGGUAUAGUAAGGAUUUAUGGGGUGUUAAGUAAUUCUUUUAUCCUUGAAAUGAAUGAAAAGAUGAUGUAUGGUGGUUGAAGAAAUGUAUAAAGAACUUAGCAUUGAGCUUGUUGUAAAUGAGUAGCUUUUGAAAUAUCUUUCUUGAACUGGAUAUGUUUAUCAGUAGAUGCUCUGUGACAAUCUUAAGCAAACUCAAAAACCUUUCAUUUCAUUAUUAAAAAUGAAUGAGGAUAUGACAA